AUGGAGGCUGCAGAGGGAGAUGUUGAGGCGGCGGCAAUGGCUGCGUCGGCGGCGGGGGGGAGGAGGGGGUGCAUCAGGUCGACGAGGGGGCCGUGGACGGUGCGGCGGCAAGGGAGGGGCGGGGCCGUGAAGACGUCGCUGCGGCACCCGACGCCGCGGGAGCGGGAGAACAACCGGCAGCGGGAGCGGCGGCGGCGGCAGGUGGCCACGAGGAUCUAUGCCGGGCUCCGGGCGCGCGCCGGGUACGCGCUGCCCAAGCACGCAGACCAGAACGACGUGCUCCGCGCGCUCUGCGCCGAGGCCGGCUACCUCGUCGACGAAGACGGCAACGUCUCGCGCCUCGCCGGCCACCAGCGUUCCUCCGGUGUCGGCGGCCCCAGCGGCAGCUCCGACCAUCUGCAGCCGUCCUCCACCAGCGGCGCGACGGAGGCGGUGGCUCCCCAGCAGCCGGAGCCGGAGCAGAAGCACAAGAUAUCCCUGGAGCUGACCCUCUCCUUCACCUACAUGUAG